UGAUAAUUUGGUAGCAAUUCACGCCACGAAGGGGGUGGAUGUCGGAUUGGAAGGGGCGGUUCGGGUCGGUGGCCGGUGAAAUUGAGGUGUUUGUGUAAUGUGUUUUGUGGUUUCCUUUCUUUGAAGGCAUAAUAUUUUGGUCAACCGACAUCUCUGGAGUUCGAUUCUUCAAAAGUGAGGCCUGUAAAAGUCUGGCAGGAUGCCUGCCGUCCGGGGAGAUGGUAUGAGAGGGCUGGCUGUCUUCAUUUCUGAUAUCAGAAAUUGCAAGAGCAAAGAAGCUGAAAUUAAGAGGAUAAACAAAGAAUUGGCAAACAUUCGUGGGAAGUUCAAAGGUGACAAAACAUUGGAUGGGUAUCAGAAGAAGAAAUAUGUGUGCAAGCUGCUCUUCAUUUUCCUCUUGGGCCAUGACAUUGACUUUGGCCAUAUGGAGGCAGUCAAUCUGCUGUCCUCAAACAAGUACACAGAGAAACAAAUUGGCUACCUGUUUAUUUCGGUGCUCAUCAACACAAACUCUGAUCUUAUCAAGCUCAUCAUACAAAAUAUCAAAAAUGACCUGGCUUCCAAGAACCCUGUGCACGUCAACCUGGCGAUGCAGUGCAUUGCCAACAUCGGCAGCAAAGACAUGGCCGAGGCGUUCGGCCAGGAGAUCCCGCGCCUGCUCGUCUCCGCAGACGCCAUCGACGUGGUCAAACAGUCGGCGGCGCUCUGUCUGCUGCGUCUGUUCAGAACCAGUCCGGAGGUGAUCCCGAGCGGCGAGUGGACCUCGCGGAUCAUCCACCUGCUCAACGACCAGCACAUGGGCGUGGUGACGGCGGCCGUCAGUCUGAUCGAGGCGCUGGUCCGCCACAGCUCGGAGGAGUACCGCGGCUGUGUCAGCCUGGCCGUCUCGCGGCUCAGCCGGAUCGUCACCUCCAGCUACCAGGACCUCCAGGACUACACCUACUACUUCGUGCCGGCGCCCUGGCUGUCGGUCAAACUGCUGCGGCUGCUGCAAAACUACCCACCGCCUGACGACCCGGGCGUGCGCGGCCGGCUGAACGAGUGUCUGGAGACCAUCCUGAACAAGGCCCAGGAGCCGCCCAAGUCCAAAAAAGUGCAGCACUCGAACGCCAAGAACGCGGUGCUGAUGGAGGCCAUCAGCCUCAUCAUUCACUCGGACAGCGAGCCUCAGCUGCUGGUGCGCGCCUGUAACCAGCUGGGUCAGUUCCUCACCCACCGGGAGACCAACCUGCGCUACCUGGCGCUCGAGUCCAUGUGCCUGCUGGCCACCUCCGAGUUCUCGCACGAAGCCGUGAAGAAACAUCAGGAGACCGUCAUCAACGCGCUCAAGACUGAGCGAGACGUUUCGGUGCGCCAGCGGGCCGUGGACCUGUUGUACGCCAUGUGUGACCGCACCAACGCCGAGACCAUCGUCCAGGAGAUGCUCAACUACCUCGAGUCGGCCGACUACUCCAUCCGAGAAGAGAUGGUGCUGAAGGUGGCGAUCCUGGCCGAGAAGUACGCCAUGGAUUACACCUGGUACGUGGACGUCAUCCUCAACCUGAUCCGGAUCGCCGGCGACUACGUCAGCGAGGAAGUCUGGUACCGUGUCAUCCAGAUUGUCGUCAACCGAGAGGACGUGCAGGGAUACGCGGCCAAGACGGUGUUUGAGGCGCUGCAGGCGCCCGCCUGCCACGAGAACAUGGUCAAAGUGGGCGGCUAUAUUCUGGGCGAGUUCGGUAACCUGAUCGCCGGCGACGCCCGCUCGGCGCCCGCAGUACAAUUCAAACUGCUCCAUUCCAAGUACCACCUGUGCUCGGCGCCGACGCGAGCGCUGCUGCUCUCCACCUACGUCAAGUAUAUCAACCUGUUUCCGGAGAUAAAGUCCCAGAUCCAGGACGUGCUUCAUUCGGACAACAACCUGCGGUCGGCGGACGCGGAGCUGCAGCAGCGCGCCUCCGAGUACCUCAGCCUGUCUGUGCACGCCACCACAGACGUGCUGGCAACAGUGCUGGAGGAGAUGCCGCCCUUCCCGGAGCGCGAGUCUUCCAUCCUGGCCAUCCUGAAAAAGAAGAGCGGCCGCAUCCCGGACAUCAGCAAAACGCCGCGGGCCGCCAACCCGCACGCCAGUGAGAGGCCACAGGGUCUGGGCACCUCCGACACGCCGACGCUGCUGAGCACGGCCGGUGGAGCCGUGCAGCCCCCGUCGGCAGCCGCGCCGACCAACACCGGCCUGCUGGUGGACGUACUGGGGGACCUGGGAGGCGGCGGCACGUCCACCGCGGCCGCCCCGCCGGCCACCAACGGAGCGCACCCGGCCAGUCCGGCCGGCGGGGACUACGGCGCCGCCGCCGCAGCCGUGCACGACCAGCAGGCCGCUGUGAAAAAGUUCAUCUGCAAGAACAACGGCGUGCUGUUUGAAAACGACAUUCUGCAGAUCGGUAUCAAGAGCGAGUACCGGCUGAACCUGGGACGGGUCGGCAUCUUCUUCGGCAACAAGACGCCGAUGGCGCUAACGGGUUUCAGCACAUCGGUGACUCUGCCUGACGGCCUGACCAACCGGCUGACGGUCCAGGCCAAGCCCGUGGACGACAACAUUGACGGAGGAGCUCAGGUGCAGCAGACCGUCAACUUUGAGCUCAUCGAGGAGUAUGUGGGCAUGCCGGACCUCUCCGUCAGCUUUAUGUACAGCGGAGUACAGCAGAAGCUACACCUCAAGCUGCCCGUCACGCCCAACAAGUUUAUCGAGCCGACCGAAAUGAACUCGGAGGCGUUCUUCGCCCGCUGGAAAAACCUGAGCGGUCCGGCUCAGGAAGCACAAAAGAUCUUCAAGGCCAAGCUGCCGAUGGACGCCAGCCUGGGCGGCCGUCUGGCCGGCUUCGGCAUGCAGCUGCUGGAGGGCGUCGACCCGAACCCGGAGAACUUUGUGUGUGCCGGCAUCCUGCACGGGCGCGGCGUGCAGGUGGGCUCGCUGCUGCGGCUCGAGCCCAACAAACAGGCGCAGAUGUACCGGCUGACGAUCCGCUCCAGCAAGGAGAAGACGUCCCAGGUGCUCUGUGAUCUGCUGGUCGACCAGUUCUAGUGACGUCUGCGUCCCCCGGGCGGCCGCGGCCGGUCUCUGCCGCCGCCGCCGCCGCUGCCCCAUUCCAGCCGCGCGCCCCUCGGUGGUGCGGCGCGCGCCGGCCGCCCGGCGCCGCGUGUGUGACUGUCUGAGCCGCGCGCCGGGCCGAGAGGAGCACCACCACCCCCCUCUGCCCCUCCAGCUGUCCCCUCCCCUAACCCGUACCGCCGUGGCACCCUGUAUCCGUGUCGUCCUCGCCCCCUACUCUCCUUGCUAUCUGCCGGUGACAAUGUAGUGCUGUUGUCGACAAUCCCAGCUUUACCCUCUUGUACCCUUCAGCCUGUUGGCCGUAUAUCUCCCCAGUAUGAGCGGAUAGUUCCAUGCUUCCUGUCUGCGCGAGCGUAUGAUCGUAUACACACACACAUACACACUCCUGUCGUCGAGGGCGGUAUAGUGUUGGUUAUUGUUUUGAUUUGUUAUUGGCUUAUGUGGAUAUAUUGUAUUAGGAUAUGACUAUGGAUAUAUGCCCGGAGCGCAGCGGCGACUACUUCAGGCCACUGAGGAGUGGACGGCGGCUGAAGGGCGCCGUUUAGCACGGCAGGCGCGUCCGCGGGGCGGCGGGGGAGUGGUCUGAUGACGACGGCUGGCGGAGCUUUGCAAGGACUGAGACUGUCCGGAAUCACUAGCUGCGCCGGGCUGAGACACUGCUGGUCCGGGCUGAGACCCGGCUGAUCUGAGGGUUCAAGCCCGGCCGGUCUGUGGUCUGAGACCCGGCCAGUCCCCGAACUCAGAUCCUGCCGGCAUAUGAGUCUAGACCCGGCCGGCCUGCGAGUCGAGACCCAACCAGUCCGUGAGUCCAGACUCGGCCGGUUUGAGAGUCCUGACCCGACUGGUCUUGUGAGUCUAGACUCGGCCGGUCUGUGAGUCGAGACCCAACCAGUCAGUGGUCUGAGACCCGACCGGUCUGUGGUCUAAGACCCGGCCGGCCAGUGGUCUCAGACCCGACCAGUCCACUGAGACCCGCUCUCACCGUCUCACCACGGCUCCGCUGCCCUCUCGACCGGACACACCGGACCCAGCGGCGCGCCGCCCCACGUCGGCUUCAAUAAAUCUGUGUACCUCG